AUGGUAAUUACAAGUCACAUGGUCUUGGUCUUGGUUUGGUCUUGGUCUUGUGAAACACCCAUACAUUGUGGAUGGCAUGGCAUGGCAUGGCAUAGCAGCUCAUCUCAUCUCAUCUCAUAUUGCACACAGAGCUUAAAGCAAGUCAGUCACUUCGGUGAAAGUGAAAGGCGUUUGAACAUUGGUAUAGAGACACCUGCAAGCAAGCAAGCCCCACCCCCCCAAGAAACCAUGAAUGCAUACAAGUACACGCCGCCGGUGAUUGAUCUGGAUAAGGUGGGUAACGAGACGGACCUGCUGCCUCUCAUGAAGCAGAUCUUGCUAAUGCACGAUAGCUUCCUGCUGCAGAAUUUUGCCAAUAUUGAUGCUGUGCGCGAGCUGCUGGGGUCUGUGGCGCAGGAGGACGGGCCCGCGUGUGCGCUCGAUGCGUCCUUCGACGGCGUGCUCGAAGCUGGGAAUCACUCGCUUGAACAGUGGGUGUACGUGAACGACCAAGAGACAAGACCGGAACAUGCUGAGUCACGUGAUGUACGGCGUCUGAGAGCGAUCCUGGGCAGAAUCGCGGUGUACUUUGGCAAGCUGUGCUUGCAAGCACUGGAGUGCGCAGACCGGGACGCCCUUGUUGCCUCAGGAAACCACUCGGCAGUGCUGUCUCGUCACCAUUCGAAGUUUGGUGACCAAGUGCUCGACCUGCAGUUCGAUUACUCGGCAACCGAAUGGAUUGAAUUCAAAUCGGUAGGGCUGCUCACCGUGGUUCCAGAUGCUACCUGCGCAAAAGUGUACAGAAACGAUUCGUGGCAUGGCAUUGAUGUAGAAAACUGCAUCUUGCUUCAUACGGGGCCUGUCCUGGCCUCUGCAUCCAGAGGAAUGCACUCUACUUCAGAUCUACGACUUUCCACAAACUCGCUGGCAUACACUGUUCAGCCACAUUUGGAAUACCGCAUGGCAGAUGGAAGAUAUUUUGCCGAACACUUCCUAGAAUUCAAUCUACAACGGUUCCCAGACAUUGGCAAACAAGCUUAUCCGGAAGAAAUGAAGCUCGUUGCUCUAAAGCGUAGCGUUUCUCUCUUGAAAACCUUCUUUACCACCAUGGAAUCGAUGAUCAAUCUCUACAAGAUAAACCACCCUGGCACCGACAUGGUUGAUUUGGAAACGAUAUUACCCAGCAUUUCGAGGAUGAUGAGAGUUAAAGUCACCUCAACAGACUUCCAGAGGUUGCUGUACAUUUGGCCACAAGCAUACGAUAUUGACAUAAAUUCAAACUGCGGAAUCUCCAUUAAACUUCAGACUACCCUCUCGCUCACAAAGUCACGGCUCUUAGAGUUUGCAGAGAGAAUUGAUCAGUGGUUUCAAAAUGCGAAAGGCUCAGGUAGCGUUCCAGAAGAAAUUCCUCCAUUAAAAUUGGGCAAAAGAAAGGCUAGUAACGGUUCUACAUCAACCACAUACUCCUCGUCGCCUUCUAAAAAUGUCGCCAGGCGUAAAUUUGCAUCUUUGAAAGGUAAACCAAAAUCUAUGUCACUUACUUCUUCUCUGAAUCCUACAGUAGUAACGCCUACCAAUUACGGGGAUAAUUUAACCACGGAUGAUGUGACAAUGGUAGAUCCAAAAUCAUCUCUUCUAGAUAGAAUUAGAGUCAAGGAAAGAAGAGCAGCUGCACUACUGUCUCAACGUGAACUAAUGCAAGAUCAUUUCAUAGCGAUUAAAAUGAAACAUGUGUUCGAUAUUUGUUUCACCUUGGAGCCAGAGGUCCCAUAUACUGAAGACUAUUUAACAGGGCUCAUCGUUGACUCAUUGACAGACAGCCAUAACCCAAUUGGAAGAGAAGAAUGUGUUCAGGUCCUUGCUAAGAUUAGUGAGUUACUUGGUCAAGAUGUAUUCCAAAUCGUACAAGUGGAAGGUAACUUGAAGGUGUACAAGUGGAAACCAUUGGAGAAAAACAUGCUACAACCUCGUUUAUAG